GUUUAAUACUCUCCUUUUAGUAUACAAAAGGUUGAUAACUAACUUCAUUCAGAAAGUUGAAGGUAGCGGCGACGAGUUGAGCAUAUGAAUGCGAUCAGCUGUAAUCAUAAGUCGUUUCAGAGGAUCUGUCACUAAAUGCAAACUCAGCGAUUGAUGUUUCUUCGUCGAUUUGCAACAACAUCGAAGCCUUUUCCAAGGCCUAGGUUCUUCAGCAGCCAUGAUAUUACCAAAACUAUUGCCGAGCUCAAUCAGGAAAUGGAGUUUGUGUUUGGUGCCCCUCCCCCGUCAUCCAUUUCUGGCUCGUCAGACAGUCCAACACUAGAUCAAGAACCACAUCUUGAAACCAAUGGCGUCAAUCCAGAAAGAGUGCCUCCUUCUGGAUUGACUCACGUUGAUGGCAAAGGCGAAGCCCGAAUGGUUGAUAUCUCCUCCAAGGAGAUAACCAAGAGAGUGGCACUUGCUAGUUGCAAAGUUGUGUUAGGCCAGAAGGUGUUUGAUUUGGUCUCAGCCAACCAAAUGGAGAAAGGGGAUGUUCUCGGUGUGGCCAAGAUUGCUGGGGUCUGCGCUGCAAAGCAGACGAGCAAUCUCAUCCCGUUGUGCCACAACAUCAACCUGUCUCGUGUUCAUGUGGAUCUGGACUUGAACCCUCGCGAUUUUAGCAUUGAGGUACGGGGGGAAGCUGUCUCGACUGGGAAAACCGGGGUCGAGAUGGAAGCCCUGACUGCAGUCACAGUUGCUGGCCUUACAGUGUAUGAUAUGUGCAAGGCUGCUUCCAAGGAUAUUGUCAUUACAGAUGUGAGGCUUGAACAGAAAAGUGGAGGGAAGAGUGGGGAUUGGUCCAGGUAAGUUCUUGAUUUCUGGUUUUUUGUGCUUGGAAGGUUUGUACCAUGUGCAUUGCGGCGAUUGUGAAUUUAAGUUAUUUUGUUGUUAUAUCUGAGAUUUGAAUUGAGGACUCUAUUCUUCAGUUUGUUCUAUGUGCUUCGAAGGUUUGUAUUA